AUGGCUCUAGAUAUGAUAUCUGAGGCAAAAGCAAGUGUCUCUUUUCAAAGCAGUAUGUUUUAUGGGCAACGCAAUGCUGCAUUGGAGACUCUGGAACGUGUAUCAUGGGUAGCCCCUGACGACGCUGAAGGAAGUGAUGUCGACGUGAACCCUUUGGACAUUGACAGUGAUGAUGAAGACACUACCUACGUUCCUGAUGAAGGCCUUACUCAGGACGAUGCCUUUGACCCUCCUAACUCUAGAGCUCGCAAGGUCAAUGUUGUUGUCCCUCAAGCGAUGCCUAUGGAAGAGGAAGGUGAGCCUAACCCUAAGAGGUCUCGUGCUGAUGAAUGGAAGAAGGAAGACAUUGAUAUCCGUGCCCUGCCCAACUUCAUUCAUCAGAAGCCUGACUAUUUGAGGGAACCUUAUGAAUAUUUCUCCCAGUUCUUCACAACUGAAUUGAGGGAACACAUUGUGUAUCAAUCCAACCUGUACUCAAGACAGAAGGAUGUAGGCAGCAACUUCCACAUGUCAGAAGAGGAUCUCAUGGUUUUCCUUGGCCUCAUCGUGUACAUGGGCCUGGUUCCUCUCCCUAGCAUAGUUGACUUCUGGGCCGUGAAGACCAGGAUUCCUCAAGUUGCAGACUUCAUGUCCAGUAACCGCUUCAAGGCAAUUCGAUCUUCCCUUCACUUCAGCGACAAUGACCAGGCAGCUGCAUCCCAAGAUCGGUUCUUCAAGGUGAGAGUCCCCUUCACCAAGGUCACCAGAGAGUUCCUGAAAGUUCCUGAGACUCCUAUCCACUCCAUUGAUGAAGUGAUGGUCGCCUAUAAGGGCACAAGGGCUGGUAACCUUCGCCAGUAUGUCGCAAAGAAGCCUGACAAGUGGGGCUUCAAGUUGUUCUGCCGCUCCAGUGUGGAUGGGUUUGUGCAUGAUAUUCUCAUGUACCAAGGGGAGACAACCUUUGUGAGCCACCAUACUAUGCUAUCUGAAGUAGGAGAAAGCCAUGUCUGUAACUUCCAAGUUUGUUGUCGCCUUAGUGAAUACCAUCAAGGACCCCAGAAACUCAGCAGUGUAUGCAGACAACUACUUCACAAGUAUAGGGUUGGCCAAGUACCUGAGAUCACAGUAUGGAUGCCGGUAUGUGGGCACUGCCAGGGGAAAACCGAGUUGGUCAUCCUCCCUGACGUCUGUGAAGGAGAUGAACAAGAAAGUGACACAAAGGGGGACACUGGACUAUGUCUCUUCUGA